AUGUCGAUUAAGGUGGUCGUUGAAGGACUCACUUUGAACAUUAUUAGUGUAUAUGCGCCGCAAGCGGGCUUAGGCAAUGAGGAGAAGAGGCGCUUUUGGGAGGAUUUGGACGAAUUAGUGGGAGGCAUACCGCCUACUGAGAAGCUAUUCGUGGGAGGUGAUUUCAAUGGACACAUCGGACCUAUUUCGGGAGGUUAUGACGAUGUGCAUGGAGGCUUUGGCUUAGGAAACAGGAAUGGAGGAGGAGUCUCACUUUUGGAUUUUGCAAGAGAUUUUGGGUUGGUGAUAGCCAAUUCGAGUUUCUCAAAGAAGGAGGAACACUUGGUAACCUUUCGUAGUUCGGUGGCUAAGACUCAAAUAGACUUUUUACUCCUUAGGAAGGAUGAUAAAGGUCUGUGCAAGGAUUGUAAGGUCAUACCGAGCGAAUAUCUUACAACCAGACAUAAGCUCUUGGUGAUGGAUUUAGCGAUCAAGAUGACGAGGAAGAAGAGGGUCGUGGAGGACCGACCUAGGAUCAGAUGGGGGAGUUUGACCACUAUUAGUGCCCUGGAGAUGGGAGAGAAAUUGAAGGAUAUGGGGGCCUGGGAUAGUAGUGGGGAUGCGAGCAGUAUGUGGGAUAAGACGGCUAGUUGCAUUAGGGUGGUAGCAAGGGAAGUGUUGGGGGUCUCGACGGAGUAG